AUGUCUAGCUUCGAUUCAUCAUCUGUUUCUUCUUCGUUCACAAGCGGAUUCGACAUAUUUCCUAGAUUCUUCAGCUCUUUCCCAGGUUUCCCAAAUUUCCCGUGUCUUACAAAUUGGUACCCGGAGUUAGGGUUCCCUGACUGGGGACGACUGGCUUUCGUCUCUAUUUUCGGGAAAGCUCAAGUGACCGACAACAUUAUUGUUGACGAUAAGACGACAUCACUGCGGAACACUGGUGGAAAGGAAAACAACGCUACAAACCCAAAAGGAGCUUCAUACGUGCUACACACUCAAAAGGACACGACCAAUGGAACAACGGUUUUGAUCGUCAAGACCAUUAACGGAACUGCUGUUAGGUUACUCUCAGAACCGAGAUACCGGUCUCACUGGAAACAAAACCUAGAGCCAAGUGGUUCAGAGAGCACGGCAGAAGCACCAGGUACUCAAUGAAACACCUGCUCCAGGUGUGGGGAACUCAACAUUUGAAACCGUACAAGUCGUGGAGAACUUAUUGUAUAUUGCUUACUUUCAAAUUAAUGUGAUUAUGUUGUAUUCAAGGAGACAUUUGCCGUGUUGUUUUCCUCCGCAACACAGAUGAAAUAUCCUUGAGACUCGUUCAUCAAUGUUAACUUGCUUGUGAAGUUUUACAUAGGCGUUUAGUCUAUCUCUGCUUUGUCUCUUUGCCAUAAAGCUUACGAGAUA